GGUUAUCCCCAUUCGGCAUCGCUAGCCAUGCCGCGUUCAAUAUUAUACCCUCUGCACUAGUAAAAAGUGUGAAAACACUUGGUUUGACUAUCUGACACCAGUAAAUUACACUGAUAGGCGUAAAAAAAUCCAGAGUGCAAAUUUUUUAGAGAUCUUGAAACGUGAUGUUGGAAACACAACAUACGCAUGCAUGUCUGAGGAGUGUCUGAUUAGUGACUUUGCGUUGUGUCUAGGGCUUGCAGAGGUCAGGGGUGAUUCACAGGACAAACGGACAUUUAAAAAGCCGAUGCCGAGCCAAGAUGCAUCGCCAGUGGAGACCUGUGAUGGUACUGAAGUGCACGCCUCUACCUCUUGAAUGAUAUCUGCGCCGCUUGGAUAAGCUGGAUUCAUGCUUUUAUGAUACCCCUGAUUAAUUGCCCGUACGAAUAGGGUAUCAGCGGUGGCUAGUUCUUUUUGGAUUUUGGAAAUACCUGGUGCAGUUGAAUAAUUCAUUUUGUUGGAUUUAAAAUCGCGGGUGCUUUUCAAGUUCAAAGUCGUUGAGUCCGUAACCUGCACUGUAAGGUUAGCGUGACCGUUAAAAACAACAUACGCUUUACUGAACUCCUGAGGGAUCACAUCAGAACAAGAUCCAAAAAAUGCAGCAGGGAUGGAUGUAGCGAAGAAUGUUGUUCACAUGUCUAAAUACACCAUUUUAGAAGCAAGAGUUUAGACCAGAAGAAAGACUACUUUCGGCGUAGACGUUCUUUGUCUGUCUAGAUCAGUGUUCCGACUUUUCUCGCAUACAAAGUACGAAACUCGCAUGUGAUAAGGCGAUACCAAGAAGAGGGGACGUUCUUUCGUGAACUAUUGAUUUUGAAAUAUGAUGGUUAGCAGCACAAAUCAGAUUCAAGCAAAGAGGAAGAAGAAAUUCACGGGUGGCAAUGCAUCCAAAAGGCAUCGAGACAGAGUGAACAUUGAGUUCAACAAUUUAGCCAAACUGCUGCCGUUCCCAGAAAAUGUUAUUGCCAAAUUAGACAAAAGUUCUAUUCUUCGGCUUGCUGUCAGCUAUAUUCGGGCAAAAAGUUUUUUUAAAGAUGCUCUUCCCGUUGAUCAGGAAGGUUUGCUGAAUGGAAAACGAGACUCCCAAAACAGAAACGAGAUUUACAAAGGACUGCUGGAAGAGACCUGUUUAACGGAAUUCUUUCUCCAGGCUUUAGAUGGGUUCUUGAUCGUUAUCACUGAAGAUCUCAAAGUCCUUUAUGUUUCUGAAUCUGUCCGAGACUAUUUAGGAUAUUGUCAGGCUGGCAUUAUACACGAAUCCUUUCUUCAGUUUAUUCACUGGGCAGAUGAGGAAAAUGUGAAAAAAGUUUUGAAAGUUGACGCAUCUACAAAUGGUUUGAUAGAGAGCGAUAGAAAUCAAGGGAAAAAGAUGAAUCAAAGGGACUCUGCUGAAGACUUAACUGGAAUUUGUGGCGACUCGAAUUCCAACUCUCGCGUGCAGAGCCGUCGAUUCGUUUGCCGAAUGAAAUGUGCUUUCAGUUGUAGCAGUCGGUUUUACACAGCUUUUCAGGCUUUUCAAUUCAGUGGACAUGUCAGGCGCUCUACAAUUCAAGAAGGCAAGGAACAAAGAACAUUGAACACAUUAAUAGCUUUUGGUAGCCCAUCAGCUAAUUCGAGAUUUGAUCCUACGGAACUUGUUUCUGACACCUACGAUGAGACACGUUCUUGCCCAGAAGACGAGCCUAAUGGACCAAACGUAAAAAUGGUGGGUCUUCAUAUUGAGCCACGUUUGCGGCCUCAUAUUGCGCCAAUACCUAUUCCCCAAAGCGAGACUGAUGGCAGGAUGGUAAACCAAACGCAACCUUAUCCUUACAACCGACAUUUCGGAUUAAACGGACGCAUUGACCCGUCAUGCAGUGCCGGCCUUGAUGCUCGGGUUGGGUCAACAUACCCCCGGAUUAUAAACGAUUACUACAGAGAAGGACCUGUUAGGUACACAAAUGGCUGGGUGCCCCGCUCCUCCAGCCUUUCUAACUCGCCUAUAUCUGACGCGAGUUCACCUCGCGGAAUAAAACGCUCUGCUAGUGCAGAUGCGAGUCCAGAGAAUUGUGACGUCAUCAAUGGAAGGAAACAACCUCGGUACGAUGGUCAAAUUUUUAGCAAGAAUCAAAAUGGAUAUAACUGUCCGCCAUCAGAUGACAUUCACUCGAGUGCAAAGAUUUUAAUGCAGCUAAAAGAAACUCAAAAAAAGCUGGUGGAUAAGUUUUAUUCGGCAAAUGAUAGUGAAUCUGACUCAAGUUGUGACGAUCGGAGUGAGAGAGGCGGCCACAUUCAAUGGGAGCAUGAUGUAAAUACCGAUGAUCAACGAGGCAUUCCCAGGUUCUUGAUAGACAGAAAGCAAUACCCAGAGAACAAUGGUAGGACUUAUUACGGCAGCAAUGGCUUUGUACACGGUACGAGUCGGCGGUUCUCAGAUAGUUUGAGCGCCAAUGCGCAUGAGCUCGCUUUUCGGAAGAGGUCUGAAGGUAUUCGUGGCGUAGAUGGCGAGAAUUUGUUUCACAGGUCGUCCGCCAGAGAUGAAAUGGCAGAAGAAAUACUGCAGUCAAAGUUUUUACCAUCAAGAUUCACGAAUCUAAGAUCUUUCUCGUCUGAGCCUUUUCAAGCUACCGAUUCGUCAUCAAAAGACUCAAAGUCGUUUAUAUUUUCGCGAAUCGCCGCGAUGAAUGGCCUUUCUUCAAAGACGGCAAGCUCGCCAUCAAGGUUGUCACCUCCAAAGAGGGACUUGAAUAAAGGAUUUCACAUCAGCACAAUUCUUGGCUUGAAAGACGAAGUAGGGAAAGACAGAGUUGCCGGUCAACUUAUGCGUGACUCCUUGAAUAAAAAUGUCCAGGAAGAGGCUACUCAAACAGAACUGCAAAGUGAGGCAGAGCAGAGCGAAGGAGAAAAAGUUGUGAUCAGUAAACAUGUUGCUAAUAUUGAUGACGUCAAGAGCUCCUUCGCACAAGUACUGCAGGUUUUUACUGCUACAAUCACCAGAACGAUCGACACUAUACUAAAGCCUUGAACGCACAUUGAGGCACACGACGAUUCGAAGCAUGACAUGUUGCUAAAUUUAUUCACAAAAAUUUUGCACAUGUUGGACAUCGUUUUGGGUUAUUACUAGCACAUUCUCAAGAUUGUUAAAUGGAAAACUGUACAGCAUGAGGACUCUCCAAGCGACAAAACCCGCGAGACAUUUCUUCUCUUGGGGGGGGUGGGGGCAUGGUUAAGGCGGGUUUUGGAAACAUGUAACGAAUUACGCCAGCUGUGUUUUUGAGAAAAUUUUACUUAGAGUAAUUUUCAAGCGUUUUCUUAUUGUAAAUUUUGUCUUUUACCAUCCAGUGAUUUUUUAAAGUAUAAAUUCACAAACAACCGGAUACAGGACACCCAUGAUUUUCGACAAAGCAUCUCGCUAGUCGAGAUUGAAAUGCUAAUAUGACGGGAAAGAUGAUUCUUGAUAAGUUCCAACGAAUGUUUCUAUUUCCUUGUAAAUGUCAAGUGAAAAUUGAUUUUAUUUUGUAUUCAAACCAGUGAGAUUAUAUGCACAGACUUACACAUAUUCGCAGACAAAAGGCUAAUACACACACUACUUUAGUCUAAAUUAGAUCAAUGUAAUUAAAUGUUUGCAAACUAUUUAUUUGACAAUGAUUAAUCACUUUCGUAAGAAGAAAUAUCCACGUGCAGCCUCGGAUCAGCCCAGUAUCAGAAAUCAGCUUCGAGGCAGGUUCCUUGGUUCAUUUUGAUCGCAUUUUUUAUCAGUAUGUUCGCAUCUAGGACGUUUUCUUCUUACGAAAAUGAAUGUACGAUAUAUUUCAGGCAUACAUACGUCGAUUAGUUGAUAUUCCUUGGCUGUGUUGAUUUUUCAAGGACCUCUAUGCAAUUUUCGUUUUAUUUUUAUCUGUUAGAGAAUCUUCUUGCUCCUUUCAUGGAAUGUUCUUCUUCGUUAGUGUUAAUCAUGUUUUUCUGUUCAAUUUAAGAUAACCAAGGGUAGAAAGAAGCUACAAGACAGGUUCAAGCUUUUUAUUAUCUAUAAAAACAUAGACAUAAUAGUGAUGCCAGUUCUGAAAAAAAAUGUUCAUCAGUUUUCUCGUUUACCUUUGAGACAAAAACGCUUAAACAUAUAACUGAGAACCGAUUUUCUAUUCAACUAAAGUGGCUGGUAUCAAACUACACUUCAUUUUCCGUUUUACCUGUUCACAAAUAACUUAGCCUUUGUCCCCUUGUCAUACCCCACUGCUUAUAUACAUCCCAACCCCAUCCCACUCAUUUCUUUAAACUUAAGAGUAAGGUCUCGUGUACAUUUCGAGCGUUGCGAUUGACACUUCUUCGAAAGAGAUUUAAAUGCCUGUAAAAGAAUUUAAAAGUAGACGGGCUUGGUUCUUCGACAUUAUUUCUUUAUAAAAUCCUUUUUUCCUUCUCAUUAUUGUCAGACACUUUCCUUCUCAAACAUCGAAUGCCAGAACUGUUCGAUUUAAUUCAGUGCAAGCUCAGAAUCCUUGUCUUGUAGCUUUACAAACCGAAAUUUAACCGGGUUUUUUUCUCAUUGAAAAUGCUGUCGUGUAUCCAUUCGUUUGAAAGCUCUCGAAUUUAGGUGAGCUGUAAAAAUUCUUCAUGCCAUCUUUAAAAUGUUGGUAAUUAUGUAUAGAAUUCGUUAGACGUAGAUAUUAGAGUCUGAAAUUAGAAUGAAGCUGCA